AUGGCUACCAACAAAGAGAGAAUAGAAAACUUGGAAGCUAGUCUUGGGGAUCUACAAACUAACUUGAAUCGAAUGGAGCUGGGGGUCGGCGAUAAACUGCUACAACUCGAAGCUGCUAUUUGCAAAAUGUCCGACAUUCUGACUACUAGGCAGGAGGCUACCUCGGGCAACACCAAUGAAUACAGCAGGCAAUCCUUCAAUGGGCGAGCCCAUGAUCAUACGGAAAGCAAACCACCAAUGUUCUCUUCUAAACUGGCUAGACUCGAAUUUCCCAAGUAUUCGGGGGAUGACCCAACGGAAUGGUUCACACGUGUUGAUCAGUUUUUUGAAUACCAGGGUACUUUAGAAACACAAAAAGUAUCCUUGGCUUCUUUUCAUUUGGAGGGUGAAGCAAAUCAAUGGUGGCAGUGGUUACGAAGAGCUUAUCAUGAGGAGGGAAAGGAGGUGACAUGGAGCAUUUUUACAGAAGAGCUAUGGUCUCGUUUUGGUCCUACUGACUGUGAAAACUUUGACGAAUCAUUGUCAAAAAUCAGACAAGCUGGAUCUUUACGUGACUAUCAAAAGGAGUUCGAAAGGUUGGGCAAUCGGGUGCAAGGGUGGACUCAAAAGGCGUUAGUAGGAACAUUCAUGGGAGGACUUAAGGCCGAAAUAGCUGAUGGCAUAAGAAUGUUUAAACCUAAAACACUGAAAGAAGCCAUUAGCCUUGCGAGAAUGCGGGAUGAGCAGCUGACACGCCAGAGAAAAAUAACAAAGCCUCUCAAUAAAUUCAUGGCUGACACUCAAUCUCCAACAAAACCUAAGGCAGUUAUCCCAAUGAAAAGGCUCACGUGGGAGGAGAUGCAACAAAAAAGAGCACAAGGUUUAUGCUUUAACUGUGAUGAAAAAUUCACAGUGGGGCAUAAAUGUCGAGGACCACAACUUUUACUUUUGGAAGGCAGUAACAAAGAAUCAGACGAUGAAGAAAUAACUGCAUCAAUGGAACCGCAACAUGAAAUCUCCUUACACGCACUCACAGGGUGGUCGCCUCACAAAACGAUGCGGGUGAUGGCAAAAAUAGGAUCACGUGCAGUCGUGGUUCUGAUCGAUAGCGGGUCUACGCAUAAUUUUAUUAGUACAAAAAUGGCUACUAUGCUGCAACUACCAGUGUUGCCGACCAAAGCUUUUGACGUUAAAGUAGCGAACGGAAAACCACUAAAGUGCCAAGGCAGAUUCGAAAAUGUUUCCAUUGAUCUCCAAGGUAUUCCUUUUGUCCUUACUUUAUAUGCCUUACCAUUAAUGGGGUUGGACUUGGUUCUUGGUGUCAGUUGGCUGGAGCAAUUGGGAACAGUGUUGUGUAAUUGGAAGACUCUAACCAUGGAAUUCCAGUGGAAUAACCACACCCAAAAAUUGCAAGGAAUAGGAGCACAAACUAUCCAAGCAGUUUCAAUGAAAGCUAUCACCAAAGAAGGUCGACAACGAGGGUCCAUAUUUGCUAUUUCUUUUCAACCCGACCUAGAUUCUACAAAGCAACACUUGAAUCCGACGAUGCAACAAUUGUUGGAAAAAUUUGAGGAUGUCUUCCAAGAACCUACACAACUUCCCCCGACGAGAGAAGUUGAUCACCACAUCAAUUUGAAAGAAGGAAUCGAACCCAUCAAUGUGAGACCAUACAAGUAUGCCUAUUUUCAAAAAGCUGAAAUUGAAAAACAAGUUCAGGAUAUGUUAAAAUUGGGGCUAAUAAGACCAAGUACUAGUCCAUUUUCGUCUCCUGUUUUAUUGGUUAAAAAGAAAGACGGGUCUUGGUAG